UCCCCAACUCUUUAAAUACCCCCAAGUCAUCUGCGGGCACAAAACAUUCCGCCGUCCGCUGAUUCGACACGACGAGACGGUGGGGGACAAAAGGCGGCGAGUCACACAACAAAUUCGGCAUUUAUCCAGUUCGAAAAAUGUUACGGUUUUUUUCGGAAUACUUCCCAAUUUAACCCGGAGUCGUAUAAGGGUGAAAACCCGACGAGAGAGACGGGGGGGUGGGGGGGGGGGGGAGACGGAAAGGGAGAAAAACAAAGAUGGCUGUGUGAGCCUGAGAGACGAGCAAACAACAACAACAAGCGUCCGCCGACCGGGACAGUCUUCUCGGGCAGCCGGAGCGGACACCCCGGACUUGGGACAGGCGAAACGAGCCGAGCUGUCGGGAGGGUGAGAGUCCCCCUCCCCCCAAAACAGCUGAGUUGUUUUUGUUCUGGCUGCCCACCCCGCCGCGCUCAGGGCUCGGUGUCAACUAGCUAGCCGCACCGUAAGUCCUCCACCACGGGUGACAUUUUGUCUUCACCUCGGUUGUGACUUCCGGAAAAGCUUGAAAAUUAGCCCUACCGAUAAGUCUGUUAACAGUCUUGUUUGGCGUUAGCACAGGUGUUAGCCGACUAGCGAGCUAGCUGUCAGUUAGCCUCGAAGCUAAGCCACCGCAGAAGAUCAAAUAAGUGCAUUUCUGGGGGGCUACGUAGAAAGUUCUAGAGGGAUUUGGCCAUGGAAGACGGCGACGUGAUGUCCGCCCCCGGCGCCUCCUCCGCGGCCGUCGUGGCGGGGGUGGCCGAGGCAGUGGCCGUGGCCGGGCCAGGGGCCGGGCUCGUCGGGCAGGAGGAGUCCGGGACGCGGCCCGAGGCGGACUCGGACGAGCCGCCCAAGAAGAAGACCAAAAUACCCGAGGGGGAGUCCGGCAAGCUGGAGGAGAGACUGUACUCUGUGCUGUGCUGCACCGUGUGCCUAGACUUGCCCAAGGCGUCUGUGUACCAGUGUACCAACGGGCACCUGAUGUGCGCGGGCUGCUUCAUUCACCUGCUGGCCGACUCUCGCCUCAAGGAGGAGCAGGCCACGUGUCCCAACUGCAGGUGCGAGAUCAGCAAGAACCUGUGCUGCAGGAACCUGGCGGUGGAGAAGGCGGUCAGCGAGCUGCCCACAGAGUGCACCUUCUGCCUUAAACAGUUCCCCCGGUCCAGCCUGGAGAGACACCAGAAGGAUGAGUGCCAGGACAGGGUGACGGUGUGCAAGUACAAGCGCAUCGGGUGCCCGUGGCAAGGCCCCUUCCACGAGAUGCCCGCCCACGAGGACGAGUGCUCGCACCCCACCAAGACGGGCACGGAGCUGAUGGGCAUCCUGGGCGAGAUGGACCAGAGCCACCGCAGAGACAUGCAGCUCUACAACAGCAUCUUCAGCCUCUUGUGCUACGAGAAGAUCGGCUUCACCGAGGUGCAGUUCCGGCCGUACCGCACGGACGACUUCAUCACGCGGCUGUACUACGAGACGCCGCGCUUCACCGUGCUCAACCAGACGUGGGUGCUGAAGGCGCGCGUCAACGACUCGGAGCGCAACCCCAACUUGUCGUGCAAGCGCACGCUCUCCUUCCAGCUCAUCCUCAAGAGCAAGGUGAACUCUGCGCUGGAGUGCUCGUUCCUGCUGCUGAAGGGCCCGUACGACGACGUGCGCAUCAAGCCCGUCAUCCAUCACUACGCCUUCAGCAACGACGACAACGAGACGGACUACGUGCUGCUGCCCAUCUGCGACUCUGUCGAGUGCAACAAACUGCUGGCCGCCAAAAACAUCAACCUGCGCCUCUUCAUCUUCCAGGUCCAAAAGUAAAGACACACAAAAUCCCCAGACCACCACCACAAUGACGACUAGGACGAGCGACCGACAACAACGCAACGAUAGACGCCACUCAACCACUGAUACCUCUUAACACACACACACACACACACACACACACACACACACACACCCUACUAAUCCACUUACCUCCUUUUCCACCACAAGCGAGAAGACCCCCUUAGGAAACUAGAUUGAUUUUGGGGUUAGUGGUCCCGAGGUGGUCGGUGUGUAGCAGUCGGACCCCCGCACACCCAAGGGCCCAAAGUAGCACACGCACACACAUUGACCACAAAAAGUGUGUGCGCAUGUGCCUGUGUGCGUGUCACUCCCCCCCCACGACUCCCCAUUUGAUUUAUAUUUAACCAUUCUUUCUAACAGUUAAUAUAUUUGACAACAUAUUUGAGUUGCUUUUAAGGCCCCUCGUAUUUCGUGUGUUUGUGUGAAGUUAACCUGAUCGACAAAACCCCUUUUUUCCACCAUACGUCACAUUUAAAUACUCGUAAAAAUAGCAGUGUAAAAUAAAACAAUGUUUUCAAAAGAUCCAAGAAAGGUAGCAUCCUCACCUGUUCAGAUUGUUUAUCACAUAUCUCGUGACUUGUCAUUUCAAAUUUUAAUUUUUUUACAAAUUCUUUAGUGCAUUUGCGGGGGAAAAAAAACCCGUUAAAUGUGUUUAAUGAAAAAGUUAAAAGACAUCUCAAAUAAAUUAAACUAAAAAUAAUAGUAGCUAAUUAAAAUAUUUUUAAAAGUACAUUGAUUACAUUUUUUAGGGGUAAAGGGAUGUUUAAAAAAAUGUCUCAAAGAAAGAAUCAUUCUCACCUGUUUUAAUGUAUAAAACUUUGAUGGAGUCCAUUUUUUUCCCGCCACCCCUGUCAAAUUGAAAUGAUCUUAAAAAGAGUAGCGCAUUCAUAUUUCAUUUUCCCCAAAUAUUGUGCAUUUUCUACAUUUAUUUUUAUUUUUGGGGGGGGAUUGUUUAAAGUAACGAACGCACCAAAUGCCUUGAUCGUCACCACCCUCCCCGGUGGUCCUUUUCCCCUGCCACUUUGUCAAAUUGUAAAUCUUCCCCAAAAUAAAUAAAUAAAUAAAUGAAUAAAUAAAAUAAGUCAAUAUGAUUUUUAGAAUAUUAGUUUUUUACAUUUUUACCAAACGGGUUCUAACCUCUGUCGAAAGCUUUGAGGCGCUCUUUUAUUGCUGACACACUCAUCAAAUUUAAGUGCUUCAAAAUAGAGUUGCAUAUGAACAUGUUUUUAAAAAAAUAUUUAGUGUACUUUUUUUUUUUCGAGUUAAAUUAUUUUUCUAAAACAUUAUCAAAGCGUGACAGGCAGUCUCAAAACUUAAAGCAAGUCACACAUUUUGUUCUCGCCACCAUAGUUUGUUCCUCAAAAUUCUGUAUUUCCAGUUAAUUUCAAAAACAAUUGACGACAUUUUGUCUGAGGAAAAUGACAUUUUCUUUCCCCCCCAAGUGCAACAGGUAUUCUUACCUUUGUUGCACUCAUUUUCCCUAUCAACCCUGUCAAAUGAUAUCUUAAAAAAAUAAUUGCACAUCUGGAUUUAAAAAUAUGAAUAUAAAAAAUGACUGAAAAUAAUUACUGAAGCAUAACAGAUGUAAAAGCUGUGAGGUAGUCCAUUUUUUUUGUGCCGCCAAUUUAAAAAUGCUUUUUAAAAAAAGUGUCAUCUUAACACAUUUUCAAUUUUGUUUAGUGAAUUUGCUCCAUUUUUAUGGGUGGAGUGUGCGUUUAAAAAUAUAUUAAAAAGGUCGCAUUCUCGUGUGUUCCAAAACUUCACUUUUACUUGCCACCAAUUUUCCAGACCAAUGUUCCGAGUAGUAGAUGUUUUUAUUAUUAUUAUUAUUAUUAUUAUUAUUAUUAUUAUUUAGUGCAUUUGUCAAAACAAAACAAAAAUCUGGGGGGGGGGGGGGGGUAACAGUGCAUUUACAGUUUUUGAACGCAAGUGAGGAUGCUGCCUUUUUGAAAUAUUUAUUAUUUACCCUUAUUUUUUUUCACCACCAAUUUCAAAUAGAAAUGUUCUUAAAAACAGUGCUGUGUCAACAUGUUAAAUCAUUUGUUAAUUUUUUUUGUUGGCGUUAAAGUGCGGUUUAAAAAAAAAAAAAAAAAAAAAAUCCCCCAUUCAUAGUUUAUUCUCCUACCUUUUCGUGACCUCUUUAGUGUAACAAGGAGGCGUGUGCGUGCGUGCGUGCAAGGGUGGGGUCUUGCGGGGGUCCGCCACCCGGAGGACUUUGGACUUACUUGAAGGAGCAGAUGUUACGUGAAUAGAAUCUACUGUCAAGCAGAUAGAAGACGUCGCUCCUCCCGACCUCUGCUGUAUUUUUGGGGCGUGUUCAAGAAGGCAAAAAAACAAACAAACAGAAGAAGUUUCGUCUCUGCCGGUGGACUCUCUCAUCUCACUAUGGCUGUACAUGUGCCUUUUAUUAUUAUUAUUAUUAUUAUUAAAGUUCAUCAACCUGCAGCGCCUGCCUGCCUGCUCGCUCGUGUGAAAGUCAUCCAGGACAAAAAUAGGGAGCAUGAAUAAUUGAAGUCGUGGCGGCGGCGGCGGCGUUAUGAAAUCCAAAUUUAAUUUGAAAGCCCGGCCGGGAUGACGUCUUAUUAUAGGAGUCAGCGCCACUUGAAAAGGGAAUUAUCGCGCGCGCGCGUUAUUACGGGAGUGAAGGCAAAAGGGCGCGCAAGUCAUCUGUGCACUUUUUCAUGGUUUGUGGGUGCGUGUGAAUCAUUUUUUUCUUUUAAAACAACACGUGUGCACAAAAUGGCUGAAAUUCAGCAGCCAGAUGGCAACAAAUCAUCAAGUUAUCAUUUUCACAAAUGUCACAAAAAAGUUUCUUCUGACUCGACGUCACUAAACGCUCGAUGUGCUGCGUAUCUGCAUAAAAAUCGAAUCAUGCCAUUAAAGGGCCUGUUUAUGCCACAAUUGAAUAUUUUUGCCCAUAAAUGUUUCGCGCCUUAACAUUUGAGACUGUUUUUGCCAUGAAUGAGGUCUUUUUAUGACGAUAGUUUUUUUCACCCUAAAUCUUUAGGGCAUGAUUAGAUAUUUUUUUGUAAAUUUUUUUCCAUCAAAACCUUUUCAGGCAUGAUACCUUUUUUUGUCAUCAGUCUGAACUUUUUAUAAAAAUCUUUUUGGGGGGUCAUUAAUGAGACCUUUUAAGGUUUGAUUAAUUUCCGCACAUCAAGAGGGCCUUUCAUGAAAUGGGCUCAUGUGAAAAGAUUGUUUCCCCUAAUAGGGCCUAUUUGUAAUUAUAAUUGAAAUUAUAAAAAUUAUAAUUUCAUUUUUUUUCAUGUUGGGGACUUUAUAUUCAUUCAUUGAUCCGUUCUCAGCUGACUCCGCCGGGCGAGAGGCGGGCUCCACCCCGAACCGGUCGCCAGCCAAUCGCAGGGCACAUAGAAACAAAAACUGUUCGCACUCACAUUCACAUCUACGGACAAUUUAGAGUCUUCAAUCAACCUACCGCGCAGGUUUUUGGGAUGCGGGAGGAAACCGGAGCGCCCGGAGAAAAGCCACACAGGCGGGGUCGGGAAUCGAACUCCGGUCCUCACAACUGUGAGGCAGACGUGCCAACCGGUCGGUCACCAUGAUUUAUUUUUUGGGUCAUAAAUAUGGCCCAUUUAUGGCAUGAUUAUCUCACGUUCAAAAAUAGCCAAUUCAUGGCAUAAUACAUUCCCAUAUAGAAAGCCUUUUUAUGGCAUAAUUUAUACACAACGAUGACAUUUUGCUGCUUGACUCGAGCACCGGGCGCCCCCUACUGCCCGGAAAUUGAGGUGACAGUCUGGGCAGUAGGGGGCGCUGAUGACUCAAAGUGCAAAUAAUGAAGCUUCAGAAAAGAUUUUUUCGAGACGAUUUGAAAUCCGAUUGCGUGUCAUGCGAGUGCACUUCCUGUGGUGGCGCUAAAGAACGCCCAAGACAGCGACGUGCAUCCAUAAAACGUGAUCUCGCCACGUGCGUUUAUUGAAUAGAUUCACAGUUUUCACACAGUGCAUUUUGGGCGUCAAUCAAUCACAAUAUAAUCAUAUCAAUAUAUAACUCCAUUUUGUGUGUAUAGUAUAAAUUAUGCAUUCAAUACAGCAGCUUUGUGUUUAAUAUAUAGAAAUGUCUAGAUGUACAAUGAAGCUUUGGUACAGUGCGUUAACGUGAGAGCGCUUUGUGUGAACAUGCCUUAAAUCCGUGUGUGUGUGUGUGUGUGUGAUCGAUGUUAUGCGGUCCAGGUGGGCCCGCAGUGGGGGGGCGGCGCCGGGGCCACCACGCAGCAGUAUCCCGCCUCGCCGACUUUACUGGGUUGGUAGACGGUCACUGCACCCUGUGAAAAAACA